UGUGAGCUCACUGAGCUAGUGUGUGUGUAGAGAGAGAGACGGGGGAACCUCGUUUACCGGCUUUGUGGUUUUCAUCCAUUCUUUUUACAAUUAGGCUACACCUGCCAAAUCAGUCCACUACAGCUGAUGAUGAUCGUCUCUGAACACUGAUUUUAGCCUCUUUUUAUUCACCAAACCGAUCAUAUGAACAUAGAAGAAUACAUUGAAGAAGAUGAGGAACCACCUUUACUGCUCAGCUCUCGUCCUUCUCACGGUGUUUGGCUGUGGUGGGACUGCAGCAGUGCAGUGUCGGUGGGGGGAAGGAUGUGUGUGUCUGCAAUGCCCUGCAGGCCAGGAGCCUUCCAAGGCCUGUGGGCAGAUCCAAAGUCCAACAGAGGAAGUGCAAUGUCAGUUGUGCCCGACGAGAACCUUUUCAGACGCAUUUGACUCUGAACUUUGCCGCCCACAUGCAUCCUGCAAGAUCCUUGGCCGUAAGGUUGCAACCCCUGGCACUGCGAUCUCAGAUGGUGUCUGUGGGGACUGCCUGCCUGGGUUUCACUCCACUGCCACAGGGGAAGUUUCCACCCAAAGUCUGUGUGUGAAAACAUCUUUGCAUGUCAGAACGGUGCGUACAGUGGGUAAAGGUCCAUCCAGCGGUGCAGGAGGGCCGGUCAACGGCACAGUGGUGCGCAGCGCUGAGGAGAAGACGGCAGAGUACGCCGUGUUUGCUUUGGUGCCCAUUUUCUGCGUGAUGGGCCUGUUGGGUAUCCUCAUCUGCAACAUCCUGAAGAAGAAGGGAUACCGCUGCACUGCUGAUAAGGAGGGAGGGGAUGAAGAAACUGUCACACCGCAAAAAGAAGGUAACAAUUGUCCCUACAUAUCUGACGACCUAAAUGAAGACACCAUCAGUGUUCUGGUUCGCCUCAUCACUGAAAAGAAAGAAAAUGCUGCUGCGCUGGAGGAACUGCUGCUGGAGUACGAGAGCAAACAGAUGGCCACGAGCAAAGCCUCGUCAAUCAAGUUCCCAAUGCUGUCUCCGCUGUCCACUUUCCGUUCCCUCCCCAGGCUGUGCCCCCAUCAGUCCCACCUCCACACCAUCUCAGGCCUCUCCGGACUGGCCCCCAAACACGGCUACCGCUGCACCCGCUGCGCCCAGAGAAAAUGGCCCGCUGUCCUCAUACCUCCCCUGGAUUCACUCAAAGAUCCCCUGAAGCCCCCCCAGACCCUCAUCCUGCCCUCCCUGGACACCUCCACCGACCAGCAGAAGAGACCCCUGCUGGGGGGGGUGUUUAUCGACACCCACAUUACACAAGCUGUACCAAAUACUGUGCCAAAUACUGUGCAGGAAAAGGCGGAAGGGAAUGAAGUGAAGGAGGCGGAGGAGGGAGAGCUGGCAGUGUUGUCUGUGGGAAGGUUUCAAGUCACUCAGAUCCCCGAGCAGAAGCCCGUCGCCAUAGAAACCAAGACAUCAUCCCAAGAGCAUCGAAACUCCCUGUUUGGAGGGAAACCCUUCUGUUCCUCUUCAUCAUUUGGCAUCAGGAGGUGAAGAGACAGAGUGUGAUAACGCUACCUCGCUGAAGAUGACCUUAUCAUUCACUGACAACUUGACAUCUGGCAGGGAGGGUGUUUCUAGACGACGGACUGACACCAAGAAACUACAAGAACCACCUCAUGCUGGAAUAAUUCUUUUAUUUUUAUUCAUGUGAUAAGAGGAAUAUAAUUGUAUUUAUUAUUGCAUACAAACAAUAUUGUACUUUGCAGAUGUAUCAGAUGUACCAUCGUAGACGUUCAACUCAAAUCACAGCUGCUUUCCUUCACUGUCUAAAUCCAAAGAGAAUGUGGGAAAGUAUAGCUCUGUGACAACAGAUUGUCAAAACCUGACACUACUAGUAAGAACGAGAGGGAGAAAACAAAAAAGAGAAGUUUGGAUCAUGAAAAAAACGUGUUCUCAGCCCCUAUAUUUGUGCUCCCAAUAUAGACACAGGGGUGAAACAUACAUAGGCGCAAAAACACAAACAAUACAGGUAGACAGACACAUCUACACUACUUGUGUACAGUGAUGAGGACAAAACACUGUGGCAUACAUAACUGACAAAAGGCAGAACUCAAACAGCAGUGAGCCUGAAACAAACUCAUUCAAGUAUGUUCUUUAAAAAAAAGAAAGAGAAAAUAUCAUACAAGUUGUCUGUCAUCAAGUGCAUUAUGAGCAUAAGAAUUUGAAGGUUCCCACCAAAAGACAAGGCCAAUCUGGCUUGGUUGACAUAAAAACCUAUAUGAUUUUGGGUCAUAUAAGACACUUGAUUACAGAGUACGGUAGCACUACAGAAAGUAUUAUAAGGACAAAAUGUUAUAUUUUGUUGUUUUAAAUUUUUUAUUUUACAAGUUUAGUAAUCUCGCUUCUCUUCUGCCCAUAUAGGAUGUGCAGGUGAGCUGAGGUUUUAGACCUUGAUGAUGUUGAAUGUAGUCUCAACCGAAGAUGCACUCAGUUCAGUGAACCUUUAAGAGUUUGAGAAACAUUCACUCAGUGAUGUAAACCUACCCCCACAGUCAGCAACAAUAACAAUUGCAAUCUUUAAAAAUAGGUCCAAGUAGGUGAGCAGGGGCCAAAAUGUGUUCUCAGAGUGGGACCCCAAUACUGUAACACUGCAUCCCAAUGGCAGUUAGAGGCUGCAAUUUUCAUUUGGGUCCUAGAAAAAGUUAGAUGGGUAGAUGUCACUUUUGUAGUAUAGAACAUGUAAAUGAAUGUACAUAUGUAAAUAUGGGUGGGUAUAGAGAAACAGACCUGGUUUUGUAAUUUUAGCAUACAGUACAGUAUGUAUGAGGUCAAAGACAACUGCACUGCACCAAUAAGUGACGUUUGUAUACCAUCAUUUAAGAAACGGUAAACUCUGUCACACCAUCAUGCAUAUAAGCUGAAUUUCUGGUUUAAUCAACAUGAUGUAUAUGAUUUUUUUAUGAUAAGUGUUUUAAACAUGAACUUUUUAAACCUAAAGUCCUACACACACAUACUGUACAGUACACAUAGCCGGAAGUUAUACAAUCUCCAUAAUUUUAAGGAACUACUCCCACAUAAAUACACACACAGACACACACACACGCAUUAUUAUUUUUAUUUUUUUACGGUUUAAUUAAAUAAACCAACCAGUGGCUACAGAGGAUUAGUGGUUGAGAUGCCUCAAAGUCAUACAGCCCAGUUGGUUUCAGUUUAUAUCCUCAUGGGUUUUAAAGAGUGUACUAUAAUCAUAAGAGGUUUUUUAUCCCAUCAUUUUCUUAUUAUAUUGCGAGGAAUACAACAUCAUGUCUGGAGGACUGGAUAUGUAUUGGUUGCAGCAGUUACACAUUUUCUUUUGAUCUGUUUUUAUUACAGUACAAUUAUUAGCAUUAUUAUUACAUGUUUUCAAGCUGAAGUGUUGCUGGAAGGAUUAAAAAA